AUGCAGGAGACUCAUGAAACCUUGCAGUCGUUGAAUUUUCUCUUCCUUGCGCACCUUCAGUACCUCAACUUCUCUGAUACGAAAAUAGAGGGUGACAUCCGCGCGCUGGCUUCUCUGAAAGAUCUUUCUUCUGUGGACCUAUCAAAUUCUAGGGUCAAGGGCGACAUUGGUGUUUUUCAUAAUGCGGAACAUUUGGAGCACCUGGACCUUUCCAAGACACAAGUCUCAGGGGACAUCAGAGCAUUCAGCUCACGGAAGUUGGAGGGGGAUGGAAAGAACAUGGUCAAGUUGCGGCAUUUGAACCUUGCCCACAGCAAAGUUUCAGGGGACAUCAAGGUUUUUCAGCAUUCACCGAUCCUGGAGUACCUAAACCUACAAGCAACCCAAGCCAAUGGAGACGUUGAGUAUCUUCGUGUAUGCCCCUUCAAGCAGAUUCUCUUGCGAGACACUGGUGUUGGUGGGAAUAUCCGCGUAGUCCAAGCCUUUCCAGACUUGACACACCUUGAUCUUCAAAACACCUUGAUCUUUGGAGACAUUGGGGCUUUGGAAGCGACUCAGAAGUUGCAAGGCCUGAGUUUGGGUGCCACUAGCGCGCUUGGAGACAUUGCAGCCCUGCGACGGGCCAAAUAUCUCGAAGAACUCGACCUGAGUCUUACCGACGUUUCUGGAGACAUUCAAGUUUUGGAGCACACGAAGCUCCUGACCAAAAUGGCUCUUGACAGAACGCAGGUGGAAGGAGACGUCCAAGUUUUCAGACAUCUACCUGGUUUGAUCUCGUUGAGAUUGGCAUCGACCAAGGUGAAGGGUGACAUUGGCAUAUUUAAUGCAACCAACAGCCUGCUUCACCUUCAUAUCUCUGACACCCAGGUGUCAGGCGACCUCCGGGCCUUGAAGAACCGCACCACCUUGAAGAAAUUGUACCUACGAAAUUCGCCCGUGCAUGGAAACCUCUCCGCGUUGCAAAGCGCAGUGGACUUGCAUGAGCUGGACCUUUCUGACACUCAAAUCCACGGGGACAUCAGCGUGUUGGAAAACCAUACAAGACUUUUUGUUCUGGGGCUGUCUUCGACCCUGGUCACAGGGGAUAUAGCGGUGUUUGGCCAAUGGUUUGAACUUUCAUCGCUGGAUUUGUCGUUCAGCAACGUGACUGGUGACAUCCAGGUCUUCAAAGACCGAGAAUUGCUGAAGAAGCUGAGAAUGGCCGCCACUGGAGUUUGGGGCGACCUUGGCGUGUUGGUAUGCUCGUCCAUCAACGCAUUCGAAGUCAUAGACUUGUCAGCCACCAACGUGCAGGGCAACAUAUUUGUCCUGAAGCAUGCAGCUGCUCUUAGGGAGCUCUACCUUCAAGAUACGCAGGUGGCUGGCAGCAUUGAUGGCAUCACCUUCCUGGAGAAAGCGUCAGUGGUAGACCUCUCAAGCACGCAUGUAACAGGUAGACUUACUCAGCAUUGGCGCGGUUGCUGCAAACACUUGCGGAUUCUCAAGCUUUCAGCCGGGACCUCGGUAGCGGUAGGGAGCCGUGCGCAGUUCUUGCCCAGCGGCACUGACCUCACCCACUUGAUGGAUCUCAGGGAUGGGGAUCAGGAUAUCCUGCUGCCCGCUCUCACGACCCUUGAGGUGUCUGAGUGCCCACUGAACGGCGAACUACGAUGGUUGAUUUGGCCUUUGGCUUAUUGUGAGCAUUUGGGUAGUAUCAUUGCGGUCAAUUGUGGGCUUUGCGGAGAGCUCCCCAACUUAGAUCCGCUAGGGCCUAUCAGGAUGAAUGGCACCGUGCGCGUGGGUGAACCGAGCAAACUGGCAAGCUCCUUGGAGGUUCUGGAGUUAUCAGGCAACAACCUGACCCUCAUCGAGUCAAUUCCACCUUCCGUGCGGAAAUUUGUUAUUUCCUCCAACCAGAAACGGCUGCGAAUGGCGGAGGGAACAUUGACUUCGGCAUUGAAGCAAGGAGUCUCGAUCGAUCUCAGCGGGAGCAAGUUGGAUGUGGCCACGCGAAGGGAGGCGCAAGGAUUGCUGAAGAAAGGCUUCAUAAGCAGGACAGCUGAGAAAACCUUUACCAGUCGUGAAAAGGAUGGAUUUACCUGCUACGACUUGGAGCGAAACAGUACCACCCUCCAGGUCUUGCCUUGUGAUUUUCUUCCAGAGAAGCUAUGCGUGUCUUCCUGGCUGGAACGGCACAGGAGCACAAUGCACCAAGUGCCCCGAAAACACAUUCAAGCCAAAGGAAGGUGCUGGGUCUUGCACCCAAUGCCCAAGCAACACGAGCACCAGGGGCAAGCUUGGCUACAUCUCCCUGGACAACUGCCUAUGCAAAAAGGCGUUUCAUAA